AUGGGUGCAUGUUCAUCUCAAUAAAGAAGACCUGCUUAGGUUCAAAAGCCAGGUUAAAAUUCUGGACCUUAAGCUGUAGCUGAGGAGUUUAAAGUAGGGCCAGAAAUUUUUGUCACUCUGAAAUAGGGUUCUAUUAGCAAUUUUUAUAAAAUGGAUAAAAAUUUGGGAAGUGGUGCAUUUGGAGAAGUUCGAUUGGUUAUUCAUAAGAGUACAGGAUGUAAAAGGGCAAUGAAAUAGAUAAGAAAGGAUAAAAUAAUUAAAGAUGAUGAGGAUAACAUGUUCUCAGAAGUCAAUACUCUUAAAGAAUUGGAUCAUCCUAACAUAGUUAAACUGCAUGAACUAUUUUAGGAUGCAAAAAAUUAUUAUCUAAUAACUGAGUAUGAAUUUUUAGAAGGAGGAGAAUUAUUUCAAAAGAUUACAGACAUGAAACAUUUUACAGAGAAGAUGGCUGCAGAUAUCAUGAAACAAAUAUUAGGUGGUGUAGUACAUUGCCAUGAGAAAAAAAUUGUUCAUAGAGAUUUAAAACCAGAAAACAUCCUUUUUGAGAAUAGGAAACCCAAUUCAAAUUUAAAGAUCAUUGAUUUUGGAACUUCCAAAAAAGUUGAAAGCAAUCAAAAUCUAACUAAAAGAUUAGGAACUCCCUACUAUAUUGCCCCUGAGGUAUUGAAAAGAAAUUAUAAUGAAAAAUGUGAUGUGUGGAGUUGUGGAGUUAUACUGUACAUAAUGUUAUGUGGUUAUCCACCAUUUGGAGGAUAAGAUUAAGAGAUUUUAUAAAAUAUUGAAAUCGGGAAAUAUGAAUUUGAUCCUGAGGAUUGGGCCAAAAUAUCAGAUGAUGCAAAAAAUUUGAUUAAAAGGAUGCUUACUAAAGAUUAUAAUUAAAGAAUCUCAGCUUAAGAGGCUUUCAAUGAUCCUUGGAUUUAAAAGAAUGCACCGAAUGCUCCUAUUGAUUUCAAAGCUAUUAAAAAUUUGUCUUCUUUUUUUGGCAAAAACAAGGUGAGAGCUGCAUUAAUGCAAUUCAUUUCGACUAAUCUCAUGACGAAUGCUGAAAAAGAAGGGCUACUUGCUGAAUUCAAAAAGAUAGACAAAGAUGGAAACGGUUAAAUUAGUAAGGAUGAAUUAGUUUAAGUCUAUCUUAAAUAAUAUGAUGAAAUUAAGGCAAAACAAAUGGUUGAUGACAUAUUUGAUAAAGUGGAUACGAAUAAAUCAGGCUAUGUGGAUUUUACAGAGUUCAUCACUUCCGCAGCUAAUGAGGAGAAACUACUUAAUAAAUAAAGAUUAUAAUAAGCAUUUAAUAUGUUUGACACAAAUGGUGACGGUUAGAUAAGUAGAGAUGAACUUUAAGAAAUUAUGGGGAGGAAUCGAUGA